AACAAAACAAACUGGUAACGAGAAAAAAAUUAAAAUAUUAAUAAGAAAAAAUGCAUGAUAAGAAAUAAAACGAAAUAAAAUUAAAAAAUAACAAUGGCAACAACAACUAUAAUAAAAACAAAUUCAACUUAAACUGGAAUGUGGUUAUUUUGUGCCAAUGGAUCUGCUGCAAAAUUCCUAUUUGUAUAAUGUGGUUUUCUUCUUGUUGUUGUAAGUGUUGUUGUUGCUGAGUCUGCCUGCAGUUGCCGACAAGCCAGAGACGUACAACGCAAGACGCAAUAACAACGUUGAAUAUAUUGUUGUUUUGGAUUAUUGCCAAGAUACAUUCAUGCCAACAAUUACGUGAAAAAAAUACGUUUUACUAGAGACCAAAAGGCAAAAAAAAUCUUUACGUACAAACAUACAUUUCACAUCUUAUAAUUGAAAGAUACAUACUUGAUGGUGUUGGACGAUAAUGAACUUUUUGAAAUACUACAGCUGCUAAUAAUAACACAUGGACUGUUGUAAUAAAUUGGCCAAAAUCAUUACAUACAAAUAUAACAAAAUGGUCGCAGGAAAAUGUCGAACAAAAACAAAAUAAAGAUAUUACCUUAAUGGAUUUUAAAGGCGAUUGGCCUUUAGAAGAAUUAGAAAAAUUUAAGAAUGAUAUGAAAUUAUUGCCGGAUUUCAUAAGUGAAUUGGAGGAGUCUCAACUUUUUGAAGAGGUGGAGCCUUACAUGAAACGUUUGCGUUAUGAGUAUGAUCAUUGGGAUGAUGCCAUACAUGGUUUUCGAGAAACCGAACGCAAACAUUGGUAUCCUCACAAUCGUGCUGUAUUGGAUCGUGUUAGUAAAAUAGGAUUCGAUGGAGAAAUUAUGCCAUUUAUACAUAUAUUAGACUUGGCGCCACAAGGUGUUAUUAAACCGCAUGUGGACAGUACGAGGUAUUGUGGUCACACUAUAGCCGGUAUAAGUUUGUUAUCCGAUGCUGUUAUGCGUUUGGUACGCACCAAAGAGUCUACUACGACCAGCUCUAACAAUAAUGAACAAGAUAAUUAUCGUAAUCAACCAAAGGCUGUUUUAGAAAAUAAUUUCUAUGUGGAUAUUUUAUUACCACGCCGUUCCUUGUAUAUAAUGAGCCAUACGGCUAGAUAUAAUUUUACCCAUGAAAUUCUAGCCAAUGAGGAGUCUAAAUUCCAUAACGAACCUUUAAAAAAAGAACGAAGGAUUUCUAUUAUUUGCCGCAAUGAUCCCUAAUAUUUAAAACUUAAAA